UCAUAGGCCGCGCAGGACUACUCGAGAGACUUUAAUUGGCUCAAGAGGCGCUGAGCGUUCAUUGGCUGGGCUGGGUCGUCCGGGCGACGAAAAAGGGGAAGGGGUGCGGGGCCUGGCGGGCAAACUGAGGCUACGGACUGUUGGGUGGUUCCGCGGGGCGUUGUCGGGAGAGCUGCGGAGCUAGGUGUCCAGGGUUCACGCCACACUCCAGGAGGUGCCUGAGCGAGUGAGCCGACCAGCGAGCCCCGCGGGUUGGGACCAUGGGCUGCUUCUUCUCCAAGAGACGGAAGGCUGACAGGGAGUCGCGGCCCGAGAACGAGGAGGAGCUGCCAAAGCAGUACAGCUGGGAUCAGCGCGAGAAGGUUGAUCCAAAAGACUACAUGUUCAGUGGACUGAAGGAUGAAACAGUAGGUCGCUUACCUGGGACAAUAGCAGGACAACAGUUUCUCAUUCAAGACUGUGAGAACUGUAACAUCUAUAUUUUUGAUCACUCUGCUACAAUUACCAUUGAUGACUGUACUAACUGCAUAAUUUUUCUGGGACCCGUGAAAGGCAGUGUGUUUUUCCGGAAUUGCAGAGAUUGCAAAUGCACAUUAGCCUGCCAACAAUUUCGUGUGCGUGAUUGUAGAAAGCUGGAAGUCUUUUUGUGCUGUGCCACUCAACCUAUCAUUGAGUCGUCCUCAAAUAUCAAAUUUGGCUGUUUUCAAUGGUACUAUCCUGAAUUAGCUUUCCAGUUCAAAGAUGCAGGGCUAAGUAUCUUCAACAAUACAUGGAGUAACAUUCAUGACUUUACACCGGUGUCAGGAGAACUCAACUGGAGCCUUCUUCCAGAAGAUGCUGUGGUUCAGGACUAUGUUCCUGUACCUACUACCGAAGAGCUGAAAGCUGUUCGUGUUUCCACAGAAGCCAAUAGAAGCAUUGUUCCAAUAUCCCGGGGUCAUAGACAGAAGAGCAGCGAUGAAUCAUGCUUAGUGGUAUUAUUUGCUGGUGAUUAUACUAUUGCAAAUGCCAGGAAACUAAUUGACAAGAUGGUUGGUAAAGGCUUUUUUCUAGUUCAGACGAAGGAAGUGUCCAUGAAAGCUGAGGAUGCUGAAAGGGUUUUUCGGGAAAAAGCACCUGACUUCCUUCCUCUUCUGAACAAAGGUACCUUCUGGAUGAUUGGUAUACUUUUGUGGUUAUUUUCUUUACAUGCUGAUUUGAUUUACUUUUGCCUUUAACAUUUCUUUUGCGUUGCCUUCUCUUUCUCAUUUGUGCUUUGUUUUUUUUUUCUAUUAUUGUUCAGAAAUGUUAAAAUUUCACAUUUUAACAUUCAAGGAGCCCUAGGUAACUAACUAGAAAUUAGGCAUUCCCUUUUUUCCCUAUCCUGUGUUCUUAGUACUGAAAGUCACAUUUUAUUAUGUAUCUUAUUAUUGUUUUAAUUAUUAUUGUAUUAUUGUUUUACCUGUAUAGUGUAGUGAGUAAACAUUUCAUACUUCCUGCUCAGAGUUGCAAAGCACUUGAUAAAGAUACUAUCUACCUUCAGUGUGCUUUAAUCAUACUGGAAAAGAAAUAAGAAAUAUAAAGUGGUAUAUUAUUUUAUGUAUUUCAUAUGAUUGAUUAACUUCCCUUGUAUAAUUAGAAUUGUUUUCCCUAAUGGGUAAAUGCCACCAAUAAAUUUCAGAUAUUGGAUAUAGGUCUUCAAAGAGAGGAACUUAAGUACGUGUGCCCACCUGAAGGGUUACUGUCUGCCUACCUGUAUUUGAAGGUGUAUUGAUUCUAGAGGACAGAGUAUUCUUUAUCUGUUCAGAGUGCGGACAUUGUUUGCUGAAGGCUCAUCAGGCUUUCCUUGACUGGCCUGAGCAAAUAUGUAUAGUAAUAUGCAGUGUUGAUUGAGUAUACCCUAGAGAGGGGGCACAUCUGCAUUUUAUAUGCUCUUUAUGUAUAAAAAUAUUAUAAUAAACUGUGAAAACCUGUAUGAAAUGUUAGAGGAUUGUUAGGAUAAGUAAUGCUGGUGUAACUCAGCUGGUAAGUAUUAAUGCAGUAUUUGAUAAUACUUUUGUGGUUACUGUAGUAGUAGUAAGGACUUGCUCCAACCCUCUGCAUGAAUCUACCCCAGAAUAUAUGUAGGAAAUUCUGGCCUGACGCCUUUGAUGCAACCAUUUUGACAUGGGAACAUUUGGAAGCUUGAAAAUGAACCUUUAACCUCUUAGCAGCUUUUGGAAAUUGAAUCAGGUAAUAAGUGUAUUGGACAUCCUAAAGUGUGAGAGUUAGUAAUAAAGUGAGCAUGUCGGUAGGUCUAAAUUAAUGAUUUAUGUACUUGUGUGAUGUUAGUGAAGUAGUAUUACAGAAUUGCUCCAACCCAAAUAUAGUAUCUGCAUUUAAGUAACAGAACAUUCUGCAUGGAAAAAGUAAACUGUUCUGUUGGUGCAAAAAGUAGAACUAAAGCCAAUAAGCAGAUGUUGCAGGAAUUUCAGCAAAUAAACAGUAUAUAAACAAGUCUUAAACACCAGAGAUGCCUGUAGGAGGUAUUCAAAGACUGAUGAGUUCAUAGCAAAAGAUAAUAGGAGCCAGCUUGAAGGAGUUUCCAUGGGCCAAAUUUGGGACAAUU